GCGAGCCGCGCUCCGCACGAGUGUUCGUCCAGCUGGCCUCAGGGUGGUGGAACUUUCGCGCGAGGACACUGGCGGUGAGGAAAAAUGAGCGAGGGACAGCCGAGGUACAAAUUGAUCUACUUUAACUCCCGUGGUCGUGCCGAGCAUAUCCGCUACAUAUUUGCAUACGCUGGCAUCGACUAUGUCGACGAGAGGAUCCCUAAAGAACGAUGGCCUGAAUUGAAGAAAUCAAUGCCUUAUGGAAUGCUGCCUGUGCUGGAGAUAGACGGGAAACCGAUAGCGCAGAGCAACGCGGUGGCGAGAUACUUGGCGAGGAAGCACAAUCUAACCGGAAGAGACGAAUGGGAGGCGAUGAUGUGCGACGUGCUCGUCGAUACUCUUGGAGAUUUGAAGCAAAUUAUAUCCCAGUACCGCACCGAGGAGGACCUCUUCAAGAAAGAGGAGAAGAAGGCGAAACUUCUGAAAGAAACGAUACCAUUUUACUUGAACAAGUUCGAGCAGACUGUCGGUGAGAAUGGAAGUUACACCGUUGGAUCCACGACAACGUGGGCGGAUUUCGUUUUCGCAGUGGCCCUUGAAAACUUCGAGAAUAUUUUUGGCGCAACAGCUUUAGAGAAUUAUCCAAGUCUGCGAGCGUUGAAGAAAAGGGUUCACGAGAUACCCGCCAUCGUUGCUUGGCUGGCUAAACGACCACACACGGAAUUUUAAGAAUUUCAAAAUUACGCGCCAUGAAAGGAGAACUAAUACAUAUCCUUACUCUCUGUGCACGCUUGGUCAAGUAUCGUUGUGUUGGUCAGCGUUCCGAGUUACAGAUGUAGAAUGUAACGAUUUCGUUGAGAAAAUGAUAAUCUGUAAGCGAGUUGAAA